AUGAAGUUCGUACUCAAUCUUGCUUGGCUAUCACUCGCUACGUGUGCCACAAUCCGUAGCCCCCAACCCGUCUCAUAUGAUGGCUACCAGGUCCACCGCCUCCGGUAUACUGGGUCUCAGUAUGCGUCAACAAAGCGGGCGCUUGCCUCCAUUCCUCACGAGACCUUGAAUGAAGUUCGUGGAACUUGGGAUGUUCUCAUUGCACCCGAGCAAUUGGACGCCUUCAAUGCACUGGGGCUCAAAACUCGAACUCUGCACGAGAACCUAGCCGAUUCUAUUGCCCGAGAGUCUUAUGUCAAGAAGGCCUGGAAGAGGCAAUCGAAUGGGUCCGAAGAUGCGUGGUUUGAUAGCUACCAUCCAUAUGAAGACCACAUUAGCUGGUGGCGCGAUUUGCAGGAGUCGUUUCCAGAGCACUCAAACUGGACGAGCACUGGAACAUCUUAUGAAGGACGCGACAUGUUCGGCGUUCAUCUCUGGGGAGCUGGUGGUCCCGGAAAGCCUGCAGUCAUCUACCACGGUACUGUACAUGCCCGUGAGUGGAUCACUGCACCGGUCAUCGAAUAUAUCGCGAAGCAGCUAGUCGACGGAUACAAGGCAGGUGACAACGACACGCAAGCCGUCUUGGACAACUACGACUUCUAUAUGUUUCCAUUCGUCAAUCCUGAUGGAUUCGUCUUCUCCCAAACUGACAACCGCUUGUGGCGCAAGAACCGUCAGCCACCACCAGAAAACGCUGCCAACCAGACGUGCUUUGGUCGUGAUGUGAACCGAAACUGGGAGACGAACUGGGAUGCUGACCCACGCGGAGCUUCGCCAGACCCAUGCUCGCAAACCUACAGGGGAGAAGCGCCCCGCGAUACGCCUGAGAAUCAGGGCAUGGACAACCUGAUUCGCAAGAUACGCGAUGAGCAAGGCAUCAAGCUUUACAUCGACUGGCAUAGCUACUCUCAACUUAUACUGUACCCGUUCGGUCACAAAGAAACCCUGUACGCACCAGAACUCGGUAUGUGGACUAAAGCUGCUGCUUUGAUGAGCGAUACCAUCCGCUACUACUCGACCAAUGCAACUACAGAGCCGUACAUAAGCUCAAGCAACGUUAACUCACCCGCUAGAGAUGACUGCAUUGACCAGAUCCUGGAUGGUGAAGCCACUACCCCCAGCAGCAAACCUUCUCAAGAGUCAGCAUUGAUGGAAGAGCCACAUACACCCAUGAAGGAGCGCAAUCCAGUGCUCUGGCAUGGUUUGCCCUCUCCAAACACCCCUACCUUCCGCAGUGAUAUGCACUCUACACCGUCGGCUGGCUGCGCGGAAGAAGAGCUGGUUUGGCAAACCACUCGAGAACAAACUAAGGACGCUGUCGAUCAGCCCUCCCUACUGAUUCAGCAUUGCUCCGAUACGGGUAAGAAGGAAGCCGAAGAUGUCAACACUGCACGUUCGCCAGCAGUUGAGGAUGCUGCUCAAAAUGAUGCAAUACUCGCUCGUGAGCUCGAACGCUCGAUUAAUCCAACAAAAGCUCGCCGGAGUACUAGACUGCGUACGCAGGCGAAACCAAUCUACACUGUCCAGCUACCGGCUACAGACCCAAAGACUGCUCGGAAAUCACCAUCUUCACCAGCGACACCCGAUCGUGACAAGCAUGCUGAUUUCAGUAUUGUACCUAUCGAGAGUGAUCCGGUUCCCUUCGAGGGGCUACCGACCGUCCAUUCUCUCUCUUGGCAACUACAGUAUCCUCCAGGAGGAAGCACACAUCCCUCAUAUCCAUACCCGACAAUGGACCCGCGUCUCCUCUUCCACCAAGCGUUCGUUCCUGUCGUCGGUGGCCUCCCCGACUUCACACUUGUCCCCAAACUCGUACUUCCCAUGGGAUGGAAGCAUGUCUCUUGGUCCGGACUUCUUCCAAUAGCUUUUGAUCCGUACCGUCAAGCAUUUAAGCUGACUCCUGUUGGAGCAAUACCGCUUACCUGUGAGGAACUUCAGCAGCAAGGAUUACAAAAGUACGUACCAGGUGGCGAGCUGCACCCUGAGUUCGGCUUAUUGCCCGAGAUGCUCAAGCUGAGUGACGGAAGCGACGCUGAGCGCGAAGCGCAGGACUGUCCGAACAAAGUUUUCGACGUCAGUGACGCCUGGCGUUGGCUAUCAGAAAAAGAGACCAACCAUACCGCUGACUUCAUCCCCACGCCAGAGAAGAAAUGGCACGGAAGCGGAGCAUUUCGUUCAACGCGCAAGCUAAAGUCGCCUAUCCCCGAGCUCAUGAUGCUUUCUAUGCUGUCAGACCCUACUACACCAAACAUCGAACUCAAUCCGCUACUUCAGAACCAAGACUCUACGAAAGACAAGAACCAGUUCUGCCCAUUCAAAAGUGUUGCAACACCUUGCACUCAUUACUAUUGGGGUCACGCAGCGGAGCGCAUGGCAAAGGCUGGCGUUACGGGGAGUAUGAUACGGGAAUUCCUUAUCAUGACGCGAGGGCUUCAAGGCGAUGAGGUGAUGAAGUCAGGUAGUAUCUCAUGUGCUGCUAUGGCCGCAAGGAAGAGGGACUGCGUCAAGCUCGAGGAGGUUGAAGAAAUGGACAUCGACGAAGUCGGCAAAGACACACCUACACCUUCACCUGCUCUCAAAUCCUCAGUCAUCGACAUGACCACGAACCAUACGGCUGAAGGAUGGGUCUACGAUGUUUGGGAGAAGAUCGAUUACCCACUUCUCGCCCUCGCCCACGGCUUACAGUCGUUGCCUACUGGCCCGGACGCCGGACCACUGACAGCACUCAUACUCUGGUGCAGAGAGAAAGGUCAGUACCGAGCUCUGCUAAGCGAAGUAUCUACGCUGCUCCGAGCAGCAGAUAUUGAACCGCUUAUCGAAUCUGGUGACGAUGGAUGUCCGGACAGAGAGUUCGCAGGCAGGCAUGCUGCAUCGUUGAAGAAGGAUAGGUUGAGGGUAGUUCGGGACGCUGGUGUUAACAAGAGGGCACUUAGUGGAGGU